AUGCUGAUCAGCUUUGUCGAGGUCGACGGGAUUUUGUACUACUGCCCGCUCGCCGAGUUCAGCUCUAGGUACGACAGCCCUCGCUUGGAAGGUAGUCUGGUCGUGGCGGACCCAAUCACAGCGGAAAGCCCACUCACGAAUGCCAAAAGUGCGAGCGGCAAGAUCGUGCUCGUGCAACGCGGGGGAUGCGACUUCCUCAGCAAAACGAUACAGGUCCAAAAGGCGGGAGGUAUCGCGGUCAUUGUUGCCAACACAGACGAGGAGAACCCUCAGCUGGCCUUUGUGAUGGACGCUGGACUCACGCGAUCCGGUGUCAGCGCCAAGAUCCCAGCAUUGAUGGCCCCAUUCGCUACAGCUCAGCACUUGUUGGACUUGGUCGGGGCGACUACCAGUCUCAAACUGAACAUAGCGAUUGUGCUGUUGGAUGCCGCCGAAGCAUCCACCGUUCUCGAUGCACAGGAGCGCUUGCGGCAGCAACAUGCACGCGAAGCCGACGCUCUGCGGAUGCAACUGGAGCGCGAGAAAAAACAGCGGGAGGCCACGAUGUUGCUGCGUAGUCGCCUCGUCAAGGACAAUCAAGCAGCUAAAGCAUUGGUGGACCAUGUCCUUCCUUCCACUGAGCUCGCACAUCGUCAAGUCGGCGGAUUGGCAACAUCGUUCGCCGAGGCAGCAGACGAGAGUGUGAGCGUCGUCAACACUGUGUACAUCCCUCCUGAGCCACCGCUUCUGUCUACGAAGUCAUCGGCUGGCGCAGUGACCGCCGAGCCCAUCAAGUCCCCUAUGGCGCCGAAGCUGCUUGGCAUCCUCGAGGCGAACUCGACCGGAUUACUUGUGUUGGACGUCCAAUAUUACUGUGCCAUGCCGCACGUCGGGAAGCACUCGAGCAUGGAUUGCACAACUGGCAAGGAGUACUACUUUGACCGGAUCAAGACGACCAUGGUCCCCAGCAUCCAGACGAUUCUUCAACUCAUGCGUCAGAGAUCGAUGGAGAUCGUGUACGCCACCAUCGAAAGCAUGACCAAGAACGGCCGCGACCGAAGCAGAGCACACAAAGUCGCCGGUAUCCAUGUAGCCAAGCACAGCUUCGACGCCAAGGUGCUCGAGAGCGUGGCGCCUACCGACUACGACAUUGUGAUCCCUCGGACGGCGAUCAGUUUGCUUGGUACGACCAACGCUGACUACGUGCUGCGAAACCUUGGCAUUUCCUGCCUUGUCAUCGUGGGUGUGUCCACGUUGGGCACUGUGGAGACGACGGUUCGUGACGCACUGGACCGAGGCUACACUGUGGUUGUCGUGGAAGACGCCGUAGCGUUUGAGACCCCCGAGGAGCACAUGGAUGUCAUCAAGAGAGCGUCGCGGAUGGGGGCACAUAUCCUGGACACCCGCGACCUUCUCUUCGAGGUCCAGACGACGUGCCCGCCGCGCCUUGCAGUGGAAGCCGUUUCGAUGUAA